AUGCGGCCGGCGCCGGCGCUCCUCCUGCUCCUGCUCCUGGGCCUGGGCCUGCGCUGCGGCUGCCUCCCUCCGCCCCCGGCCACUCGCGGCGCCCCCACCCCGGUUCCCGGAGCGCGUGCCGCGGCCCCAGGCGGCUCACCGCAGGCCCGGCCCCGCCUCCCGGCUCCCGGAGGGGCGGCCACGCUGCGCUCAGUCGCCGGCGCCCAGGGCCUCCCUCUGCCCCGCCGCCAUGCUCGCCUCAGCCCGCGGCCACGCCUGGCCCUCCGCGGCGGCGGCGCCCUGAGCGGUAGUGGCCGCGGCCCCUGCUUCGCCCGCGGCCCCGCGUGGUGGCCGCGCUGGCACUGCCUCCACGUGCGCGCCCUGCUCCGCGCGCUCCGUGCCCGCCGCGCAGCGCCCACCCACACGGACCGGCACCUGCUGGCGCCCGGGGGCCAGCUCUCCCUGCACUGGCUCACCCCGCUUCGCCGCUUGCUCGGGCCUCUGGAACGGACCUUGCACCUCGGGCUGGUCAGCCCCACGGAUGCCCCCUCGGCCUCCAGGGUCACCCCCCGCCCCGGUGGCCUUCACCCCUACGCGGGCUUCGUGGCCCAGACCAAGUGUCCUACAGAAGUCAGCUCCAGCCGUUCGCCAGCGGGGCAGCUGUCAGUGUCCUGUCAGCUGUCGAGGCAGGACACCUGCGUUAUCACGAAGGUGCAGAUCAACAGGAAGCCGGGCCUUCCGAUCGUGCUGUUCACCAGGGGCAUGGACAUCUCCUUAAAUGCCACCGCUCAGUACCACUGCCCCUCGGCCCAGCACCCUCAGUUCCUAUGGACGAUCUACUCCGUGCCCUCCCUCCGCCACCAGCCCGACUGGUCGAAACCUUUGGCGGUGCCGGACCUCCAGAUAGGGAAUGACCCAACACUCAUGCACAUCCCCAAGAGAAAGUUAGCUUUGGGGGUGUAUGUGUUCAAUUUCUCAGUGAGCCUGGUCGCUUUCUUACCCCAAGUGACGAGGGUCAAAGGCUCAGAUGGCGUCUACGUCUCUAUCCUUGGUGACUUCCUGCGGGCGGUUCUUCUUGGGGAUGCCAACAUGACAAUGAAGUUCACAGACCAGCUGGUUCUGAACGGAUCGACGUCCUCGGACCCAGAUGUGGACGACCCGUUAGAGGGGGUCCAGUUCUCCUGGUACUGCACCACAAACUCAAAGAACUACAACGGAGACAAGAUAAACGUGAUCAGCAAGGAAGUCUGUCUCCCGAAGCAGGUGGAUCUCAAGCUGACCUGGGCCUCGGACCCCGUCCUGACAAUUUCCCCAGAGACACUCCGAGGAGGCCAGGCGUAUUUUUUCCGGAUGGUGAUACAGAAGACCCGGAGGACUGCGUACGCUGAUAAAAGUGUCCACGUGCUCCAAGCACCAGCACCUACAGCAAGUAUUUCGUGUGUUGAAAACUGUGGCAGGAUUUUGGUUCUGUCAGAUCGGUUCUCCUUGUUUCUGAAUUGUCCCAAUUGUGCCGGAAGCCGGGACGUGUACAAGUGGUCCAUCCUGCGGGCUGCCGGGGACGAGGUCCCAUUUGAUUGGUUGGGCCAAACUUCAACGGGGAGGGACAGCGAUUCUCUGUCUAUAAAAGCUUUUGCUUUUAGGAACUUUUCUGAAGCUCAGUUUUGGAUUGCUUUCGGUCUAGAAACUUGGGGUGGAGUGAACUUGACCCUUAGGCAUUCCUUUAUUGUUAACUAUGGCCCUCAGAUCGGAGAUUGCAAAAUUAAUCCAACUAGCGGGAUUGCAUUUUUUACUAAGUUUGUUGUCCAGUGUAAGGAUUUUAAGGACCAGAACGUGCCUCUGGUGUAUAAAAUGAUAGUGUCUGAUUUGUAUGAUGGUUUUGGCAAAAUCAGUUCUUUGAAAGAGAACACCUUGGGGCCCAUCCUGUAUGUGGGCAGCGAUCCCACGUGCCCCCCUUCCUUUCUCCCCGUCGGUGGGGAGGACAGCCAGCACGCCAUGAAGAUCUUUGUCCAGGUGUAUGAUGCUCUGGAAGCUUUUUCUCAGGUGACUCUCUACGCCACCGUGCAAGCUCCUACUGGCCAGGCCUCACCCCGGGCCAUACUGAACCAGUUAGUCAAUUUCAGCAUGGGGCAAGAUUCGGAGAUCUCUACUUUGCUUCGAAAGCAGGAGUUUUUGCCCGCAGGUUACUUAAUGUACGUAGUGGCCUCCGUUCUGAACAGCAUGAAACCCGAACCAGCCCUGCACGCGGACAAAGCCAUGCUCCGCGAACACCUGGUCAAUCAGUCUUUCCUCCUCUCCACGGACACUCUGAUGGACAUUAACCAGGUGGUCACGGCUCUUGCCAAAGUAACCCAGAGGACGUCUGAGUUUCCUCAGGUUGCUCGGAAAUCUGCCACCGAGAGGGUUUGGCAGGCAAAUCAAGCCACCCGGCAGCAUCAACAGAGAGGUCAAGACUUGCACUCUGAACAAAUAGAAAUCAUGAGCACCGGGAUAUUAACCAUCGUGUCGAAUAUCCUUAAAAUGACGGAUCCUCACGUGAUUUUUGUCGACCCUUUCCGUGUCAUACAGUCUCUGGCAGAGACGGUGCUGGCCGGCAAAGUGCCGGAUGACGGGACCACGGUCAUGAGCAGCGCCAGCUUCACCAUGUACGUCGGCAAACUGGAAAAGUGGGCCGUUUCCAGCAACACCCUAGGCGACGAGAGGGACUGUCGAAAUUGCCUUCAGCCAACACUCAAUGUGAGCAGCAUUCCCCGUCUGCCUGCCAGUGCUCCGGUCUCCUUGGUGUUCUGUGAGUUUGCAGAUGACCCCUUCCCUUGGUUAAAUUACCAGGAGAGCCUUUCGGCAGACGUGGUGGGAUUCAGAUUGACGGGAACCAUGGCCAACGGGGACGAGCUGGAGGUCACCCCCGACGUGGUGGACGUGUACAUCAGCAGGAGGAACUUGAGCUCUGCGGCCUUCAACCUCACGGUGGGCCCCGACCAGGAGCCUGAGGCCGCGGACGAGUCCUCCCGGAAGACGACGGGGGCCUUCCGCUUCCAGGUGGACAGCCGCGAGGUGCGGGAGCUGCUGGUUCACAUCGUGACGGAGGUGACCGUGCCGUUCACCGUGCUGGUGUACGCCGGCGGGCAGAUCGCCCCCUCCGCCUUGGUCGCCACCUUCCUGGUGCCCCACGAUACCCCUCCCGUCGCCAACCGGAGCGGCCUGUUUGACCCGGCCUGUGCCGUGAGCGUGGCCCGCCUGGUUUGCCUCCCGCUGUCCCUGCUGCAGGUCAUAGCUCAGCGGGGCCAGUCGCCUGAGUGUGUCAUCAUCGUGGCUUUGAAGGCACCUCAUUUUGUCAUGCAGCCCAGUGACAAGCUGGUGAGGAUUUCUCUCUUCAGUGUCCGCUGCCUGGACUUGAACGGGACCCAGAGCGACUGGAGAGCAGACAUCUGUGUCCUCGGGGAGAAGACCACCUGGGACCGAGUGCACUGUGUCUGCGGGAAGGCCAGGAGGGCCCGGCGGCAGCUGGCCAACGUCCCCCUGCGCUUCCGCUACCUCACAGCCAAGGUGAUCGUGCCCCCGAACCCGGUGGACCUCCGGUUAGAGGUCAUCAGGAAUGUCACCCACAACCCCGUGACCCUCUUCGUCGUCCUUUUCAUCCUGGUCACGUACAUCGUCCUCGCUUUCUGGGCCUUGCACAGAGACGAAACGGACCAGUUCCUUCGGGACCACGCCAUCGUCCUCCCCGACAACGACCCUUACGACGACAUGUGCUACCUCGUCACUGUUUUCACGGGAAGCCGCUGUGGGUCCGGGACCAGGGCCAAUGUCUUUGUCCAACUUAGGGGGACACAGAGCACCAGCGAUGUGCACUGUUUAAGUCACCCCCAGUUUAAAACUCUCUACCGGGGCAGCGUCCACACUUUCCUCCUGACGACCAGCAGGGACUUGGGGGACGUCCAGUCCAUCCGCGUGUGGCACAACAACGAGGGCCGCGCCCCCGGCUGGUACUUGAGUCGCAUCAAAGUGGAGAACCUGUUCAGCCGGCACAUCUGGCUGUUCAUGUGUCGCGAGUGGCUGUCUAUCGAGACCUCUUUGGACAGAACGUUUCCCGUCACCGACCCCAAUACGCCCCUGCGGAGAAUGGACUUCCUGCUCAUCGAUGCGACGGACAAGCUGGGGAGGAACCACAUGUGGUUCUCCAUGUUUGCCAGCGUCAUCGCCCGCGGCUUCAAUCGGCUGCAGCGGCUGUCCUGCUGCCUGGCCAUGCUGCUGUCCACCCUCUUGUGCAACAUCAUGUUCUUCAACCUGGACCCGGAGGAGAAACCCGCUUCCCAAGGGAGCCGAUACGUCAGGUCGAUGGUCAUCGGCCUGGAGAGCGUCAUGAUCACCCUCCCGGUGCAGGUCGUCAUCACGGGGCUGUUCGUCUACUCCCAGAGGAGACCGCAGGCCACCCUGGACGAGGUGGCACCUCAGGAGCACCCCGAGGUGGUAGAGGCGAGCGGCCACUGGCAGGAGCGGCUGGAGAGGUGGCACGCCCAGGAGACGGCCGCCGAGGCGCGCUCCCAGGAGGCCCCCGCCCACAAGGCCCAGCAGUCCCGCUCCAGGCGGCUUAAGGGACGCCCGAAGUCUCUUCCCCAGAGGACCGCCAAGGCAGGGCGCCCACUUAAGAAAGAAGAAAGCAAGGGCCCACCGGGCCCCCCCACCCGGCGCACAAACGCCAACGCCAACGCCAACGCCGAAAAUGUGGACAACGGUCCCCAGGCGCCAUCCACGCCGCCGCCGCCGCCCACGAAGCCCAGGACCACGCUGCCUCCGUGGUGCAAGUGGAUCGCGUGGUUCUUGGUGUUCGCCACGUCGGGGGUGUCCUCGUUCUUCAUUGUGUUUUACGGCCUCACCUACGGCUACGACAAGUCGAUCGAGUGGCUCUUCGCUUCGUUCUGUUCCUUCUGCCAGUCCGUUUUCCUGGUGCAGCCGUCGAAAAUUAUCCUCUUGACAGGCAUGCGAACCAACAGGCUCAAGUACUGCAAAAACCUCCCCUGGGUCAGCAACUAUCGCUACACCGAGAUCCAGCUGCAGGACCUCCGGCUGCGGCCCGAGGAGAUGCGCCAGCGGCACCGGGACGUCUCCCGCCUCCGAGGCAGCAGGAUGUACCAGCCCCUCACGCCGGACGAAGUGGGCAUAUUCCGGAGGAAGAGGGAGACCAAGCGGAGAGCCCUGCUCUUCCUGGGCCGCUUUCUCACUCACUGCCUCUUGCUGGCCCUCCUGCUGGGCCUCGUCGCCCUCCUCCGCCGCACGGACAGCUUCCGCUACAGCCAGUUCAUCCGCAGCCGCUUCUCUGCGGGUCUUGCUGCGGUCACCAAGCUGGACGACCUCUACCCGUGGCUCGACAGCGUGCUGUUGCCUUUGUUCCACAACGACCGCCACCCAACCUUUCUUCCCGACAGCUCCUCCAGAAUCCUCGGCCUCCCACUGAUGAGGCAGGUGAGGGCCACGCCUGGCCCCACGGCCUGUCGGCCGGCCCAGCACUUUCCGCCCAACAGCAUCGAAGGAGAGGUUCGCUGCCAUCCCACAUUCGGGGCCGACCCGGAGGACACCACUGACCACCCCGGCUUCUGGAGGAAAGUGGACAAGCGGGAGGCAGACAGGAACACCAACGGGUUCACCUACAAGCCUCCGGAGAAGCGCUGGGUGUACUACUCUUACGGACUUCUGCAUACCUAUGGCUCGGGGGGGUAUGUUUUCUAUUUUUUCCCAGACCAGCAGCGGUUUAACUCCACGCUGAGGCUCAGGGGCCUCCAGAACGGCCGCUGGCUGGACGAGAAGACGUGGGCUGUGAUCCUGGAGCUGACCACCCUGAACCCGGAUGCGGGGCUGCUCUGCAGCGCUGCCGUCCUGUUCGAGGUCUCUCAGCUAGGAGUCGUGAACACGAGCAUCUCCGUGCACUCCUUCUCCCUGGCUGAUCUGAACAGAGAGACGUCGGCGGAGAUCUACCUGUACGUGGCCAUUCUCGUGUUUUUCGUGGCCUACGUCGUGCACGAGGGCUACAUCAUCACGCAGACGGGGGCCUCCUACCUGGCCAGUGCGAACCACUUGUUCAGCUUGGUGCUCACGUGCACCCUCGCCGUGCUGAUUGUGCUGUUUCUCAGGAAAUACUUCCUGGCCACUGGCAUCAUUCAGUUCUACUCAUCAAACCCCGUAGACUUCAUUCCCUUCCACGCCGUUUCGCAGGUGGAUCGCACCCUGGGGGUCGUGUUGGGCCUCCUGCUGUUUCUGACCAUUCUGAGGACCCUCAGGUAUCUCAGGUUCUUCUACCACGUGCGCCUGGCUGAGAGGGUCGUCCAGGCGGCCCUGCCCGGCAUCUGCCACGCGGCGCUCCUGGUGUUCGUGUAUUUCUUUCUGUUCGUGGCUUUUGGCCACCUGGUGUUCGGUCAGCACGAAUGGGGCUACAGCAGCUUGGUCCGCGCCACGCAGACAGUCUUCUCCUACCGCACCGCAGCUUUCCGGGACACGGAAUUUUCCAGCAACAGGGCCCUCGGGGUCCUGCUCCUCGCGGCGUUUGUGCUGCUGCUGAUCUGCGUGCUGAUCAACUUGUUCGCGGCUGUGAUCCUGUCCGCCUACAGGGCCCUGAGGCAGCCCGUGUACGAGGAGCUCUCGGUCGAGGCGGAAGCCAUAGCCUACCUGUGCGGCAAGCUCCGGACGGGGUUCGGCUUCCUGCCCUCGCGGCCCGCGGCCCCGGGCGAGCAGGAGCUCUUCGUGGACAUGCUGUACGGGAAGCCGGAGAAGCGCAGCCGCCACUACCUGGGGCUGAAGACCAGGAACAUCAACGAGAGGAAGAUGGUGUACCUGGUGGUGUGACCGGACGGCUCCAGGGCUGCGGGCGGCCUCUCCCACCUGACGUUCAGUUUAGAGGCUCCGUCACGCUGUCGGCCCGUGUCCUGCACGACGCACACCCCUACAUUUGCGAGGGUUCCCACUCUCGGCCGCCCCUUUUAGGAACACGACGGGAGGGAGGAUAGCACGCAGGCAGGGGAGAGGGGUGGGGCGCUGCCAGACACCCCGGAUGAGCUCCCUUUGGGGCACUGAGGGUCUUUGGAGCCCAUAGCAUUUUGGGGGAGGGAGCUAAAGAUUCCCGCCCCCCCCCCCCGACACACACACACACCUCACUGGGAGUUCUUUCACAGAUCAGAGCUCCCCUGACCCUUGUCCCCUGCAGCCCCCACUUUCCAGCUGGGCCAGGGCCGGAGGGGCCUGUGGGGAGUUCUGGAGGCGCCGAGUUGGGGGUGCAGGGAUGAGGGUGGUCAGAAGUCUGAAGCUUCCCACCUACUCCCUAAGGCUCCUUCAAACUAAAGAUGUAAAGCUGGUAUUUUCGGGCCAGGAGACGAGUUUUCAUUAGACAAGGGGCCUGCGUGGGCUCACUCUGACGGCGGCGCUGUGCUGCGUGUGGACGCGGCAGUGUGUGCACCCAGGCCUGGGCCCUCUGCUGUCUACGGCCCGGAGGGUGGUUAGUGAACAAUAAAGAUG